ACUGAGCCCUAUAGACUGCUUAGUCAUCGAGUCACCGCCAUCCGUCGGAACCGCAAAGUAUCCAUAGGAUGACUCGCCAUCACAACAACUCUAGUCCAGUGCAACUCUUUCCCUCUGCCUGCACUUCCCUCAGAAAGCCUUUCACACUCGAUUUAUAAUUAGCGCUCAAAAUGGGAGGAAAGAAAGCCGGCGGAGAAAACUCCAAGAAAGCAGCCGGACAGGCUCGUAAAGCCGAAGCCGCCGCAAACAAGAAGGCAGCCGAAGACGCCAAGCGAGCCGCCGAGGAGGAGAAGGAGUGGCAGAAGGGCGCAAAGGCCAACUCGAAGAAGGAAGACGCCGAAGCCAAGAAAGCCGAAGCCGCUCGCAAGAAGGCCGAGCGAGAGGCCCUCCUCGCCGCCGAAGAAGCCUCGCAACCCUCCAAGCCCAAGGGCGCCGGCGCCAAGCAAGCACAGAAGAAGACUCGCGGUCUGGAUCUGUCACAGCUGGACGAGGAGCCCGCCAGCCGCAAGGGCGCUGCGCUCAACGCCUCGGGUAUCGAUAAUGCACUGGAUGCGUUGUCCCUGACCGGCAAGGAAUCGUCGAAGGUCGACCGUCACCCGGAGCGCCGGUACAAAGCGGCGUAUGCGGCGUAUGAGGCGCGCCGGUUGCCGGAGAUCGAAAAGGAGAACCCCGGGUUGCGGAGGAAUCAGCGCGUGGAGCUCUGCAAGAAGGAGUUUGACAAGAGCGAGGAGAACCCGUUCAACCAGGUGCAUGUGGCCUUUGACGCUAGUCGGGAAGAGAUUGCUGCUGCUAAGGAGGCCGAGAGAAGGAAAGUGGAGGCGAGACUGGCUAGUAAAUAAGCUGGUCAUCUUUCUCACAUCCCUUCACUUUCUCAACCCUUCCGUCCGCUCUUGCGGCUCGUUGCCGAACAUCGCUGAGCAGCAUGCGCAUAUUUCCAGGAUGCGACUCUCGGCUUUACCACCUAUACCCGGGCCUCGUACCCAAAAAUGGAUAGAUUAUGGCUAUAACGUGAUGAUGAUUGUGGAAGUGGCUUGAGCUUGGACUGCAAACAGCAGCUUUGACGAUAUUUGGCGAGUCAUGUCUUGAAAUAGAACGUCUUGCAUAUCAUGUAUCUCGAUCAUUACAUUAUCAGAUAGAACUCAUGGCUUGACUUGAUGGAAACAAAAUGCCAGAGAUAUUUUGUUGAC